AGUGAAAAGAAAAAAAGUGAACAUUUUCUCCUUCUCUGCAAAGCCAUGGCUCCAGAUGCUUCUGAUGCUCUUGCAGUGAGGCAGAAAGUCCAGCAGUUUCUGAAUGCCGCAGUCAACGGAAAUCUUGACUUCUUGAAGAGUGUAGCCGCACAAUUGGAUGAUGGCAAAGGAUUAUCACAAACAGUGGCAAGUAUUAAGGAUGCAAAUAAACGAGGAGCUCUUCAUUUUGCUGCCAGAGAAGGGAAGAUUGAGGUCUGCAAGUAUCUGCUGGAGGAGUUGAAGCUUGAUGUUAAUACUAAAGACGAAGAUGGUGAAACCCCUCUUAUCCAUGCUGCAAGGCAAGGGCAUACCUCUACUGCCAAAUACCUCAUUGAACAUGGUGCUAAUCCUGCACUAUCGAGCGAACUAGGUGCUACAGCUCUACAUCAUGCUGCAGGAAUAGGAAAUAUUGAGUUGAUGGAGUUCUUGAUCUCCAUUGGUGUUGAUGUUGAUUCACAAAGUGACUCUGGUACCCCACUUGUCUGGGCUGCUGGUCACGGGCAGCAAGAUGCUUUAAAAGUUCUAUUAAAACACCAUGCUGCUCCUAAUAUUGAAACUGAUGAUGGCAUUACUCCUCUGCUAUCCGCGGUAGCUGCAGGCUCGCUUCCAUGUUUAGAGCUCUUAAUUCAGGCAGGUGCUAAAAUAAAUGUUAUUGCUGGUGGAGCAACCCCAUUGCACAUUGCUGCUGAUAGUGGUAACUUAGAAUUGAUCACAUGCUUAGUAAAAGCUGGGGCAAAUCCCAAUGUCGCCGAUGAGGAUGGCCUAAAGCCAAUACAAGUUGCAGCUGCAAGAGGUAACCGGGGUGCUGUUGAGAUUCUUUUUCCUUUGUCAUCUCCUGUGGAAAGCGUUUCAGAUUGGAGUGUAGAUGGCAUCAUUGAAUAUAUGCAAUCUGAAGUUGCCAAGGAACAGGAAGCUGAAAGAAAUACAGGGGGUGUCAACUUGCCAAGUGAUGCUACUGUUUCAACCAAGGAGACACCUGAGGUGACUCCGGAGGCAAAGAAAAAAGCUGCUGAAGCCAAAUCAAGAGCAGAUGAUGCUUUCAGGCGGAAGGAUUAUUUGAUGGCUGUAGAUGCUUAUACUCAGGCAAUUGAUUUUGACCCCAGUGAUGCUACUUUGUUUUCUAAUCGGAGUCUCUGUUGGAUACGUCUUGGGCAAGCUGAUCAGGCGCUAACAGAUGCACAAUCAUGUAGGGGAUUGAGACCGACCUGGGCAAAAGCUUGGUAUCGAGAGGGUUCAGCAUUGCGUUUGAUGCAGAGAUUUGAUGAAGCAGCAAAUGCAUUUUAUGAGGGAGUUAAGCUUGACCCGGAAAAUAUGGAGCUUGUACAUGCUUUCAGGGAAGCAGUUGAAGCUGGAAGACAGUUUCACGAAACAAACAAGGAAAACUAAUCGGAUGUGUUGCUGAUAAGGAGACGGUGGAAGCUCAAGAGGCCGUGUUGAACAUGUAUGAACAAAUUCCAAGCAACGAUUUGUGGAACGUGUAUAUCGACCAACGGUCUGAAACGGAGAUAAAUGUGGUGGUGUUUUAUUUAUUCUUUUUGAAAUAUUCAGACAAUUUUGGGACAUAUUAGAUUUAUUAAGCAGUUAUUGUAACUUAUAAGGGUUUUUGUUAUUAGGGUUUCUGUUGUGCUAUGUUAAUGGUGUCUAAAUUUGAUUUUAUUUUUUUAAAAGAUUAGUAAUUAUGUACUUUGAUUUAAACAAUAUCUUUUCAUAGAAUUGU